UAUAUGGUCUACAUACUCUUGUUCUUCAUAGAUUAUAUUCAUAUAACAAAUAAACGCAAGUUUUUUCUUUUUUCGGGAGCUUGGAAUAUAUCUAGAAGAAGAGUUGUUGCAUCCUCUAGAAACACAAGUAAUGACAACGAAAAAGUUUUCACCUUUUUUAUUACCUUCGUUGAUGAUAUUUUCUCUCAUCCUUAUGCCUAUGAUUUCAGCUUUGAUGCAAUUUAAGCCUUAUAUCGAACCAUGUUUGAAAGGAUGUCGAAGCCAAUUAGAAUGCAUGCAAAAGUGCAUGUCUAUGGGGCAUCCCAAAGGAGGAGAUUGUCUAGGAGAUCAAUAUGGUCGUUAUUGUUGUUGUAUAGCCGGUUUGGUGUCUCAAAAUAAAUUUCCGAUAUCUAGUCUACCUAAUUAUUAAUCAAUUCAUUAUUUAUGUGUAAUCUCAAUUAAAAUAUGAAUAAAAUAUAAAAGAAAAUAUAACUAAGUUAACUU